AAGUAGUCGGAGAAGUGGAGCCAAACGGUCAAGACGCGGAGCUCCGCUGAAAAAUAAAACAAUAUACAGAAGGAGAGAGCGAAGGGAAAGAAACUACAAAAUCGCAGCCCAAAUCGCGCUUCGUGGAAAAGAAAAAAGUUGGCUACAAAAUAAUUGCAAAAGGCUUCAGCCAAAUAACCCCGAUAAAAUCGAAAUAAAAAGUGUUUUGAAAUGCCAGUUAAGGAAGUACACCAAUUAUGGGCUGUCUAAAGCGAAAGAAGGAAAGAGACAGGGCAAUUCUGCCUCUUCCGUGUUGUUGUGUGUAAUGUGUGAAACGAUUUUCCUCCUUCAACAAUUUUUUUUUGUCAACAUGCACGGGGCAUGUAGAUACAGCGACGAACAGGCUGAACUAGAGCCAACGAGAAGGGUCCUUCAUUAAAUUGGUUGCAAAAAAAUAAGCAAAAAAUAAAUGAAACAGUAGCAGAUGAGGGUUACUUUUUGAGACAAACACCAAGGAAAUAAUAACCUUGACGGCUUCUGGCCAAGGCUCUCAACUCGCUGUUCGAGGGUCCGCGUCGUACAACAUGGCGUAUGCUUAAUAAAACCAAAAUAUUAUAUGCCAGCAAAAAUGCAAACAUGUGCAACAAAGUGUGCGUGCGCGUGUGUGGGUGCCAAAUAAAAUAUUAAGCAAAUAAAUAGCGGAUUCGAUUCGACUCAACUCCACUCUACGCGAUUCCCGAUGACGCAUUCGAGAAGAGUAGGGCAGAAGGUUAAAUUACACAAAACGUCAAAUUCGCCACGUACGAUAGUCGAUUCGGAGUCGUUAGUCCGAAAUUCGGUUUCGGUUUCGGAGUGCUCGGUCGGGAUACGGAGUAUUCAGAUUAUAGGCGUAAAGAGAGCAGAAACUAUUCGGCACAUAACACAGCCAAACUUGCCAACUGAAUUCCGCUAUAAGAAUAUAAAACCGAAAGAAUCAUCAAUAAAAUUAUUAAAUAUUAUCUAUGAGCCUCAACCAAAGUGUCCCUGUGUGGCUGGCGAAUAUCAUGCAUAUUAUUUCAACAAUUUACUCAACCAGAAAAUGUGCCUAGCUCUCUGAGCGUGGGAGAAAGCUUGGCGAGAGAGAGAGAGAGUAGCACCCUCAACCUUAAUUCACCACGAUAAAAUACAACAAAGAGGCAACCUAAAAAAAAUUAAAAAAAAAAAAUACUUUCACUCUCGCCCCAACGUGGCGGCAUCGAGAGGCAGGAAGCGCAAGAGUGACAGACAGACAGAGAGAGAGAGACGGACGGGCGGACGGCGCUGGAAAACUCAAAGGGAAAACUUUUUGCAUGCCACAAGCAGCAGGAGCGUCACAAUCAGCAUCAGCUGACUGCUGCAGGAAGCCUGGCAGCAGGACAACUGUGUGUUGCGGACAGGACGAGCGUCCGGUCGUGUCACAAUCCAUUCAAUAGGGGCCUCCAGCAAACACUGGCCAACACACAGGCUCCUCUGGCCGCCUCUCACCAACACACACACUCACACACACCGCGCCCGAGCAACGGCAGUUUUAAUGUAUCCUUAGAAUUCCAAACAGCUCCAGCAGUGUAAUGCGCCUUGGGGGCAGUGGCAUUCCAUACGACGGCGACCCCCUGACAAUGAGCGCAGCUGGCAACGACUAUGCCGAACUCUGUGAUCUUGGACCCUCGCGAUGGAGUGCCCGACCCUACGGAUACAAUGCGACCGCAGCGGCAGCCGCCAGCUUUGGCCUUGGGCCCUCAAUGGGCGGAACGCAGUCGUCGUCGAGCGUGCCGACGGGCGGAUCGGCGGGACUCAGUGGUCACCACCUGCGCAGUAGUGGAGCGCCGGGACCGAGCAGCUUCGAGGCGGAGGACAUUGGAAUGGCCUUUGGCAUGAUCAGUCCGCCGCCGGGCAGCGGACCCUACGUUGGAUCGUCGGCGGCGGCAGGCGGUUCGCGCGUUGGCAACAGCACCAGUUCGUUGCGCGGCGCCGGCGGUCGAUCGGGAUUAUAUUACUCCCCGCCGGGCACCUCUUACACGAUCGUCGAGCGCCCCCACUCGCCGCACUACUACUUCAACUCGGCGGGCGUGCCCACCAAGGGCGGCUCGUUGCCGGGGCGUGGCAGCGCCUAUCUUAGCUCCUCACCCGCCAGCCACAUGGCCGCCGGAACGGCAGGCACCCUGCCCACCUCGACGGCGGCCAGUGGGCGAUCGAUGGGCCAGCACGCGAGCAGCAAUGGCAACAAGAAGCGACCCAUCUCGCCGGAGCAGGUGCUACGCAUGUUCGGCGCCACCCAGUCGUCAUCAGUUCCUACGAGUAGCUACCACUACAGCAACGGCGGCACGCGGGAUCGGGAUCGCACCGGCAGGCGGAGCCCCGCCAGCAGUCCGCCUUCCACCACCCACCAGAUUUAUCGGGAUCGGGAGCGGGAAAGGGAUCGUAGUGUCCCGAAUAUCCAUGAACUUACGACGCGAACCGUUUCCAUGUCGCGCGACCAGCAAAUCGAUCAUGGUUUCGGCAUUUGCGUUAAAGGAGGCAAAGACUCAGGCUUAGGCGUCUACAUCUCACGCAUCGAGGAAAAUUCGGUGGCCGAACGCGCUGGCUUGCGACCCGGUGAUACAAUCCUAGAGGUGAAUGGCACCCCCUUCACCUCAAUCAAUCACGAGGAGGCGCUGAAGAGAUGUGUGCAGAUAUUGAAAUCGUCACGUCAAAUCAGUAUGACGGUGCGAGCGCCGCCCACUCUGAACUCGACCGCCCCGCUCCACGGCUUCGGUCCGCCCUCCCGCGACCCCAUGUACGCAUCGAUGGCUCCCCCCCUGCACCCACAGAACCAGGCGGCAGCGGCAGCAGCGGCGGCGGCGGCCUCCGGGGCGGGUCUGCCCUUCCGCCAGACCUGCUCCUGGAUGGACCGCCACGGACGACCCGCCUCCCCGCCCAUGGAGUACGGGGGCAGGCGCAGCGAGCGAAGGGAUCGCAUACGUCGCGUGGAGCUGCUGAUCGAACCUGGUCAGUCUCUGGGCCUGAUGAUCCGUGGCGGCGUGGAGUACGGCCUGGGGAUCUUUGUCACCGGCGUAGAUAAGGACAGCGUGGCAGAUCGAUCCGGACUGAUGAUUGGCGACGAGAUCCUCGAGGUCAAUGGGCAAUCCUUUCUCGAUGUGACGCACGACGAGGCGGUGGGUCAGUUGAAGUACCACAAACGCAUGUCGCUGGUGAUACGUGACGUGGGCAAGGUGCCCCACUCCUGCACCUCCAUCGAGAUGGAGCCCUGGGACGCCUACAGUCCAACGGGCACACGAGCACGCCGAAAAGGUCAAAUUGCGACCAUGGUGGAGGAGAAGGCGCGCUCCCUGCUGCCCCGUCAUCACUUUGCAAGCCUUUCCUACUAUAUUGCCGAAUAUAGUGCGAAAGCAAUGACCAUAGAUGCCUUUGUUGCCGUCUUGUUAGAGAUGUUAGAUACGUACGAAAAGCACACGCUAGUGACGGAAAUACGGGAAUUAGUUUUCCCCGAGGAUCGCACGCGAUACGAUGAGCUCGUCUAUCGCAGAGAACGCGAUCCUUAUAGCGUGGAUAGGCAUAGGCGUAAGGGAGACCCCGCCCGUGAUUUGCCGGUAACUGCUGAUGAUUUGGAAAUAAUAGCCGCCACCGGACGGAGUCCUUCGUCGGACUCGGGCCUGGGCAUGACCGUAACGGAUAUAUACAAACGACCCGCACUACAGUUGCCCCAUCGUCCCAUGUCGGCGGGACCCAUACUGCAUCGCUCACAGCCAGCAUCACAUUAUCAGACAGGCAGCAACCAGUCCUCAUCAUCAUUGUCGCCUCCACAACAACAACAACAGCAGCAGCAACACUAUCAACCCCACCAUGCCUCAUUGCGUCAUCUGGGCGGUAUCGGCGGCAACGUGGGAUCCGGUCGUCAUCAUCACCAUCCGUUGGGACCAAGUCAAUUGAAAUUCAGGCAGACCAAAGACAAUCAGCAACAGGAAUACGGCUGUGAUGAGCACAGAACUCGCCGGGGCAGCGAAACCCUUUUACCGGAAUACGAACCAGAUGCGGGCGGCUACUUAGAUGGACUGCGUUCACAUUUGGGUGGUUUAACACAACGUGUCAAAUCAUGGUAUUGGGGACGACCUCUAGAGUUGGCCACAAAACUCUCAAGAAGUUUCGAUAUGAAGGAAGAAGGCGGCACAUUGCUGGGCGAUAAAGGUGUACGAAGGCAUCAGUCCAUGCAGCGUCUGUCAGCGGAGCAGAAUGGUGGUUCAACGACUGAACAAACACAUGAACACAAUCCAAACGUCGUACCUGAUCAUAGAGGCAACUUACACAUUACAGUUAAGAAAACCAAACCAAUUUUAGGUAUUGCUAUCGAAGGUGGUGCUAAUACAAAACACCCGCUCCCUAGGAUAAUCAAUAUCCAUGAAAAUGGUGCAGCAUUUGAAGCGGGCGGCUUAGAAGUCGGCCAACUCAUCCUGGAGGUAGAUGGAACGAAAGUGGAGGGUCUGCAUCAUCAGGAGGUUGCUCGACUAAUAGCCGAAUGCUUUGCUAAUCGUGAAAAGGCUGAAAUAACCUUCUUAGUUGUCGAAGCAAAAAAAUCAAAUUUGGAACCGAAGCCGACGGCGCUGAUAUUUUUAGAAGCCUAACAUUUGCUUGCCCUGCCGGCCAGUGACCCAUUGGAACGACAAAAACUCGAGUUCCUUUACGAAUGGGGCAUCGAUUUAACAGAGACGCCAAAACCAAUGCCAACACCAAUACCGCUAACGAAAGCCAAGAAUCCGCCGCCACUGCCCCAUGAGUUGCACAACAACAUCAACAGCCAGUAUGGUAGCAGUGCGGCUCUCAGCAAUCAUCAACCUCAUCAGCAUACGCAUCCACAUCCCCAGCAGCAGCAGCAGCAACAACAACAUUCAAACACAAAAACGCCCAACACGAACAGCAACAAAACACAAGGAACACCAACAACGGGAACGGGAGCUGCAACAACUGGCAGCAAACAACAACAGCAACCGGGAAACACCACCAACACACCAACGAAGGCGUCGCGUGAGGCGACUCCCACAAGGGAGCAGCAUCAUCAACAUGCCACGCCUACACGCGAGCACCAGCAACAAACGCCCACUCGGCAGCAGCAACUGCAACGUGAACAGCAGCAGCAACUGCAACGCGAACAGCAGCAGCAACACCAUCGCGAUAGGCAGCAACAUUUUCGCGAACAACGCGAACAACGCGAGCGGGAGUACCAACACGAACACGAACACGAACAACACCACCACCACCAUCAUCAUCGUGAACACCACGAGCAACACCAACACCAACAUGGACACCAACACCAUCCCCAACACCAACAUCAUCAUCAAUAUUCAUCACAGCAGCAACACCAACGCUACAGCAGCAGCAACAGCUACAAAUCUCAUAAUAAUUCCGUUUACCAGUAAGGAGAAACCGAAUGCAAUUCUAGCAAUUGGAGCAACAAUAACAAUCUUUUGGAUACAUUCUUUCAAAACUGCUACAGCAAUUCGAUCAGUAAACAGUUUAAUUGUGCUACCUUUGUUCAAACAACCGAAUACCUUCGCCCCUCAUGCACGCCUCUUUCUACACUGAACACAACGCGCUUGACAGAAUAUACGAAAUUUACCCCGAAAUUCCCUGGCUACAUCCAAUUACUAUUGAGUUGUAUGGCUCACCAUAUACCGCUUGACUAGGACCUUCUAUAAAUGUGUUAAUUUGUUGUAGCUGAAGAGAUGCUCUAACCAAAAAAAAAACGUAUACAUAUGAUUUAAGAACGUUAAGUCUUAAAGACCAAGACCAGUAAUAAACCUUUUUUAUUUAAAAAAAAAAGUUUCUGGAAUAUCAAAUUCAAAAUUUUAACACUGCCAAGGUUAAAGAAAAAUGUUAAAAAAAAAAUAAUACAAAAUAUGAGCAUCUCUGUCCAACUUGGCUUUCCGUUCUAUAUCCAUAGUGUAGUAUAUGGCUCCCCCAAAACUGUCUUUAUAUCUAUUGAAACCAAGAACCACUCCGAUCCUCAACUAGAAUAACCAGAGAGAAGACCUAUCCAGACCUUAGGUAUCCUGAUCCUAAGACCCUCUAUUGAACCACGAACCACGCGCUAGUCGAAAAAUGUGUAAAUCUGUGUAAACUCUAAAAACAUAUUAUUGUAUGAUUAUUAUUAUUAAACUAUUGAUUAUCAAUCGAGCAACGUAGCUUAGACCGUUAAUCAUUACUUGUUUGAACUAGUGACAAGACAAGUUUAGGUUCACAAGAUUACUGUAAGAGCAAUGUUAUUUGAUGAUAAACCCACAAAAGCCCCCAAGAAAAGCAACCACAACCGAAUAAGGCAUACACUAAGAAAAUCAAGAGCUUAAAAUAUUAAAAAUGAACAAGUAAAAUAUCUUAAAAUCCCCUAAACAGUAAGCAAAGAAAAAGUCGAUGCAGAGAAAAAAAUGAUGAAACAAGAUUUAAGGCACAGACACUGUAAAAUGUAAAAAUAACCAGCAAACUAGUAACGAAUUGUCGCUUUUGUUAGAUUCAAACACACACUAACAUACACGAAUACACGCAUGCACGGCACACACACACAUACACACGCAUGCAUAUUGCCAAAUUGAUUGUAUUUACAGCAGCUAAUUGAACGAACGCAAAAAAACAAACAACAAACAAAAAUCAAGCCCACCUAAGCAAAAGAUAAUUUGUAAAAAUUAAAAAUAAUCUUAAAAUUAAAUCGCAAAAAUGUAAAAAGCUAUGAAUAUAUAUAAAAUGAAGCAAGCAGUAGCUAUGGCCACAAAAACACUCACACAACAACACUUACACCAGCACCCACUCAGAAAUACUUAGCCCAAAAAGCGCAUCAAUUCUAAAUUUUUAACCAAGAUAUCAAAUUAUAUACCCGCAGUGUUGUUAGGUUAAUCGACAUUUUCGUCGACUGAAAUUCUAUCAUAUUUCUACAAAUUUAAUUAUCGACAACAUUUACAGUUCUGCGAUUAAAUCGAUUAAUUCGAUCAAUCUGACAACACCGCAAGGCAUAUCCCUGUUAUUAGUACAACUUAAACUGCACACUGCACAAUUUUUGAACGUUUGUUAAAUGUUUUAAGGAGUAAAAGGCCGACACCAGGAAAAUCCGCUGCAAAAUUGUAUUCUCCUCACCAACUAACCAAGAAAGGACCCUCGCACCCCAAAACAAACCGAUCCCAAAACGCAACUCCAACCCAGAAAAAUGGUAAACGAAUUAUGAAACUGCUAGGGCAGAAGGACAUCUACGUCUGCUCUGCCACUAAAAAAAAAAAUGCAAAAAUAACAUUUACGCUGUAGAGACAAGAAGAAAUUAACGCUUAAAAUUUGAGGUUGAUUGGCAUUAAGUAAAAAGUUAAACGAUGUUGAAGCAGGAAGAGCCGAGCCGACAGGGCGCGAUCACGAGCAAGUAAAUUAAAUUAUAUAACAACUUUAAACGGGCACGACGAACAACCAGCAAGUGCUUACUAUAACUUCAUACGUAUUGUGUAAAAUAUUAGCAAAGAAAAAAAUCCUUUUUAUAGAUCAAAAACAAAACAAAAAACCAACGUAUUUUUCGCUCUCUAUCCUUCACUUUCGAUUAAACGAUCUACCUAUAUCUGUCAUCCACUCACUCAAUCAGUCAAUCAGUCGUUCAGUCAAUCGUUUCGCCAAAUUUGUUGAUUUCGUUUGUUGUGUGUGAUAGUGUUUGGAUUAUGAAAUGAAACUUUUGCAUGUCACAAGAGCAAUUUGUUCGACCUAAGUCCCCAAGAAAGUUAACUUUGUGUCUAAAUGAUAUGUAUAGGGCAUGGAUUCUAUGCUGGGCUUGUUUUAAUCAUCUCAAAACUCCAGAAGGAAAACUAAUUCUCUGCUUAACUCUCUCUUAUUAACUCUCUUUAUGUAUGUGUCUGUGUGGAAAUUGAAUACAUAUACAAAAUUAUUACAAUUGAAAUUGAAUCGUUAUAUGAGGUAUUGUACUUGUAUUUUUGUUGACUAUUAUGUAAUUAAACGCUUUACUGAAUAUCAGUUAUGUACAUUUUUUAGCUAAAACUAAAAAUUAAAAACCAAAUUCAAGCAAAGAAGCUUAUGCUGUUACUUAUUGUUAGUGAAUUUACCACAAAAAAAAAAAAAGAAAUGAAAAGAAAAGAAAAUCGAACAAAAAACCAAACUCAAGUUAAAUUUUCAAAAAUUUAUAGAAACAAAAAGAAAUCAUUUUGCAACGUUCAUGCGUGAAGAAAAAUAUCAAGGGGAUUGCCUUGUGGACGCACUUACGCCUUUGUAUAUUGCGAUACAUUUUGAUGAGAAGGCUUAUCUUAAACUUUGAGAACUACCAGAUAAAUAUCUAUUUAAUAUAACGUAUACAUGCAUACAAGCAACAUAUAAACAUAUACCGAAUAUAAAACGUAUGCUAAACUAUAUCUAAAUUGUAAACGACAAUGAGAAGCAAUUUUAAGCAAAAUGAAGAAAACCAUUUCAAUUUCAACUUCAAUACCCCCCACAUGAAAAAACACACACGGAUGAAGUAAACCAUUUAUGUGAAUUAAUAUGUAUAGAACUAUAUAUAUAUCUAUGAUUACAAACAGCAACAAGGCUAUCUAUAUGCUAUGCUAAUGAAAGGGUAAACGGCAUUUAAACUCAUUCAACCAAAACAUACAGAAACCGUAUCACACGGAAAGAAAUGAAAGCUUAUAAAUACCAUAUAGAAACGUAUAUGUACCAUACCAUAUAGAUCCACAACCAUGUACCACGGAACUAUCGUAUCGUAAAUAGCAAUAGCUGUUAGUUAUAGUCAAUAUGGAUAGCUAAACUACCGAAUAGCAAAGCCUCAACCGAAGCAAACUUGUUGUACGAUUAAGAUUGAGCUAGACUUUUAACCAGAGAUAAUCCAAUUUGUAGAUAUAUCGAUAUAUCACAUAUAAAAUGUAUGAUUGUGUAUAUUACCGGAUAACAAAAGAACUCUUAUGAUUUCCAGGUCUCGCUUUUCAGUUGAUCCUUAUUAUGAGAACCCCAACUAAUAUAUAUCAAAUGCCCAAAAACCUUUAAUGAAUUCAGACCAGACCACAAAAACAACCAACAACCAACUACAACAAAAACAAACUGUGCCACCUAGUACAUAACAAGAAAUGGUUAUAUAUCUGUAUCUGCUAUAUAGACACUAUAACACAUACAAUUCAACACGAACUUGUACUAUACCUAGAUAUACUACAUAUAUAGAGAGAGAAGGAAACAUUCAAUGCUCACUUUUAUAUUUUUUAUCAUACAUCCUUGAAUCGAGAAAGCUAUUGAAAAGGACGCAGGACGAAGCACCGUAAGAACCACUGAACCACAAAACAAUGCAAAACAAAAGAAAUCGUACAUAGGAAAAUUCUCAUACCCAAAGAACAUAUAUUUAUAGAUAGUGUACAAGUUCUAUAUGCCUAGAUAUUUGUUCCAUUGCUUUUUAGAGCCAAUUUGCUUUGCUUGCGAGACAAAAUCCCCUGGAAAAAAAAAACCAAAAAACGUACCUACAUUCUAUUCUGUUCUCCGAUCCCAUUCAAAAUGACAAUUAGGAAAGAAAACACCAGGCAUAAACGCAAAAGAUCGAGCUAAACUAGUGCUUAGUGUUUAAUGAUAAACAAUUCCAAUAAAAGUAUUUCAGUUGUGUAUAUUGUAAAGAACAAUUAUAAAUGAACAAAUAUAAAGUUAAACAUUUAAAGAAUAAUUCAAAAAUUUAUUGAAACAUUAAUAAAAUAAUUGUAUUUAUCGAAAUUAAUACAAACCAAUUUAAGGCAUUAGCAUAGCAAAAGAUAACGGUAUACAUAAAUUGAAAUGAAAAUGAACACAAAAAGCGCUGAUUUAAUAUUAUAUUAUUAAUUAUAUUAUUGCAAACAACAAAGUGAAAAACAAAUGAUAUUGUCCUUGGUAUUUACAUAUACAUAAAGAAAACAGCAAAAAAAAAACAAAAGAAAAAUAAAAAGAAAACGUUUUUUUAUAU